AUUGUGUGUAUAAAAAAUUGCAGAUCCUCUUCGUCUAGGCAAACCUCUCGCCCCUUUAUACUAAUAAGCUUAAUUUCUUAUCUCUCUUUUUUUCCUUUUUCUUCUUCAAAUCUGCAUUUUUCAUCUCAAGUUGCAAAGAAUAUCAUGACGGCAAAUACAAACGCUUCAGACUCUACACUUUAUACGCUACCUAUAAUACCGUUAGUUAACACUGUGCUAUUGCCGCACAUUGUUACCAAGCUCACCAUUACUCGCAGUGAAGGAGAUAGAUUGCUCGGACAAGCCACGCCUCAGGUGCUAUGUGUUCCUCUUCAACCCAACGUGAAAAGAACGAGAAAAUUAAUUGAUACCAACUCAGUGCAAGCUACAGUAACAACUAUAGCCGUAGAUCUGAGCCAACUGUUUGACUUUGGUUGUGUUGCAGAAAUUAUUCAAGUGGAUAAAUCCUUACCAGAUCAAUAUACCUUAAGGGUAAAGGGCAUCUGCCGAGCCAAGAUCCAUGAUAUAUGUACAGCGGACGGUGGCGCCUUCUUUCAUGCCUUAUCUGAGUAUAGCUUAGAGGAUGAAGAGAAUUAUUUUGCAAAUGAAGCAUUAGUACAACAAGAAAAGUCAUUUCGUACUUUGUGUCAAACCUAUCUCAGCAAGAUGAGAGCGAUUGGUAUUUCUCCUAGUGUACUGAAUCAAUUUGCCAAGAAAUUACAGAGUAAUCCUGUACCGCAUGUUGCUCCUCUACUGCUGUGUAUAAGUGACUCCCCAUUAUGCGAGAAAUUACGUGCAUUGAAGAACUCUGAUUCAAACCAGAGAAUAAAAGACAUACAUCAUGUGAUUGAACGGUAUCUACAGACACUCAACACACAUGCUUCUCCCACCUAUAGUAAUAAUAUGCUUUACGAUCAUAUUCGCAGAAAAUUUUAUAUACUUCUUCAGAUGUACACUAUUGAUGAUAUUAGUGUAGAAAGUGGACACCAUGAUAACAAUGCGGAGAAAAUGUAUCCCUUCAAAAUUAUGGAAGAGGACGAUGAGGAUAUAAGCAGCCUCAUUACAAAAUUGAACAACGCAAAUUUACCUGAUGAUGCCGUAAAAACCAUUAAAAGUGAUUUGAAUCGAUUGAGGAAAAUGCCUGUUUCCGCUGCAGAUUCCAUCGUCUUACGGAAUUACUUAGAAUAUAUUGGUGAUUUGCCAUGGUUCUCUGAAAAAUCUACUCCACAAAGUUGUUUAUUAAAUAUAGCAUCUGUCAAAGCACAACUAGAUGCUGACCAUUUUGGUAUGGAUAAAGUAAAACGAAGGGUCUUGGAGUAUCUCUCUGUGUUGAAAAUGAAAGAUAAUGCCACUCCUCCCAUUUUAUGCUUUGUUGGACCGCCAGGUGUUGGUAAAACGACUUUAGGUAAAUCCAUUGCAACAGCCAUCAAAAGGAAAUUCCAUCGUAUAUCCUUGGGCGGUGUCCGAGAUGAAGCUGAGAUAAGAGGACAUCGGCGCACUUAUGUUGGAGCUUUACCUGGUUUAUUGAUUCAAGGAAUAAGACAUUGUGGAGUACAAAAUCCAGUGUUUUUACUCGAUGAAAUCGAUAAGCUUGUUAUCAACUCUACUCAAGGUGAUCCAGCUGCCGCUUUAUUGGAAGCACUGGAUCCAGCACAAAACAGCGCUUUUACUGAUCACUUUAUCAAUUUACCCUAUGACUUAUCACAAGUCUUAUUCAUAGCUACUGCUAAUUCAUUAGAUACAAUUCCGCGACCACUGCUGGAUCGGUUGGAAGUGAUUCAACUAGAUGGUUACACUUUUAAUGAAAAGUUACAUAUCGCGCAAAAACAUUUAAUACCGAAGCAGAUAGAGGCACACGGCUUGGGAUUUUUGAACUUGGACAUACCAGAGAAGGUUAUCUUGUAUUUGGCAGAAAACUAUACGAGAGAGAGCGGUGUACGUGGUCUAGAAAGGCUCAUCGCCAGUAUUUGCCGUUACAAAUGUCGCGAAUUUGCCGAUUUGACAGAGUCAAGGCAGAAGGAUAUUCCUAAUAAGGCAGUUCAAACGGAUGAUUUGGAAAAGAUACUUGGUCCUGGCAUAAAUGAAAAUGACGUACUUGGUCAAGACGAUAUACCCGGAAUCGUAACAGGCUUAGCUUAUUCAAGCAGUGGGAAUGGUAGCAUAAUGACAAUUGAGGCGAACUAUAUGCCUGGAACCGGGCGUUUAAAGUUAACAGGGUCACUAGGAGAUGUUAUUAAGGAAUCGGCUCACAUUGCUCUAUCUUGGGUGAAAGCUAAUUCAUUCGCCUUAAAGCUAGCAGAUUCAACAAAAGAGGACAUUUUCAAAGAUAUUGAUAUCCAUAUUCACUUGCCCAGUGGGGCUAUACCGAAAGAUGGCCCAUCCGCUGGUAUUACAAUGGUGACAUGCCUCAUAUCGUUGUUAUCAGGAGUUUCUGUCUCUCGUAGUACAGCUAUGACGGGCGAGGUAACUUUGAGGGGACAAGUUCGCCCGGUAGGGGGAAUUAAAGAAAAAGUGAUCUCGGCUCAUCGUGCAGGCGUUAAAAAGGUGCUUCUACCUGCUGCCAACCGCCGUGAUAUUAUCAACGAUAUCCCAUCAGAAAUAUGUAAAGAAAUGGAAUUUAUUUACUGCAAAUCGAUGUGGGAUGUGGUCGAUUCCGCAUUUGAGGAAUAUAACAUUCAACUUGAACCUAGAUUUAUAAGCAGUCUAUAAUAAACCUGGUUUUUUACUAUGGCUGUAUAUUUGACGCUUGAAACUGCUGCUUUUUAACUGCCGUACGGACAAUAAUCAUUGUACAUUUCGACUCAACAGUGCUUUUAUUGCAUUCUAUGAAUCCUCAUUAGUUCUGAUCAAGGUUAAAUGAGCUAUACAUAGAACAACAAUUUUGACAAGCAGAAAUUUCUUUUCAAGAAUGGAAAAUAUGUUUUU